CUCGACCAUUCUCUGGCAGGAUCCAACUAUAAAUUGGCCGGUCCCCCACUUCUCUCGUCACUUUUCACUGAGUCGUCGCCCGAGUUGCGUGCGCUGCGAGAGCCGAGCCGGCUGCGUCUUUGUUCCUUGUGCUCCGUUGAAUUCUCUAAUCUUUCAAGAUGCCCGAAGAAACCAUGCAGGGAGAUGUUGAGACCUUCGCCUUCCAGGCUGAGAUUGCUCAGCUUAUGUCCCUCAUUAUCAACACUUUCUACUCCAACAAAGAGAUUUUCCUGCGAGAAUUGAUCUCAAACUCAUCUGAUGCCUUGGACAAGAUCCGCUAUGAGUCGCUCAAAGAUCCCUCACGCCUGGAGAGUGGCAAGGAUCUUAACAUCAGGCUCAUCCCCAACGUCAAUGAACGCACUCUCACACUCAUUGACACUGGUAUUGGUAUGACCAAGGCUGACCUCGUCAACAACCUGGGAACCAUCGCCAAGUCCGGAACCAAGGCCUUCAUGGAAGCUCUCCAGGCUGGCGCUGACAUCUCCAUGAUUGGUCAAUUUGGUGUUGGUUUCUACUCAGCUUACCUCGUUGCUGACCGUGUCACAGUCGUCUCCAAGCACAACGAUGAUGAGCAGUACAUUUGGGAGUCCUCAGCUGGUGGCUCUUUCACCAUUCGUCCAGACAACGGUGAACCUUUGGGCCGUGGUACCAAGAUUGUGCUGCACAUGAAGGAAGAUCAGAUGGAGUAUCUGGAAGAACGCAAGAUCAAGGAAAUAGUCAAGAAGCACUCUCAGUUCAUCGGCUACCCCAUCAAGCUUCUUGUUGAGAAGACCCGUGACAAGGAGCUCAGCGAUGAUGAAGAGGAGGAAGAGGACAAGAAGGACAAGGAUGAAGAGAAGAAGGAAGGAGAUGACGAGACCCCGAAGAUUGAGGAUGUAGGUGAAGAGGAGGAGGAAAAGAAGAAGAAAAAGAAGACUGUCAAGGAAAAGUACACUGAGGAUGAGGAGCUCAACCUCACAAAGCCUAUCUGGACCCGGAAUCAGGAUGACAUCAGCAAGGAGGAGUAUGGUGAAUUCUACAAAUCUCUCACCAACGACUGGGAAGAGCACUUGGCUGUGAAGCACUUCUCUGUUGAGGGUCAACUUGAGUUCCGCGCUCUCCUCUUCAUCCCCAGGCGGGCUCCCUUCGACUUGUUCGAAAACAAGAAAAAGAAGAACAACAUUAAGCUUUACGUCCGCCGUGUUUUCAUCAUGGACAACUGUGAAGAUCUGAUUCCUGAGUACCUGAACUUCAUCAAGGGUGUUGUGGACAGCGAAGAUUUGCCGCUGAACAUCUCUCGUGAAACCCUCCAGCAGAACAAGAUCCUCAAGGUCAUCAGGAAGAACCUGGUGAAGAAAUGUCUUGACCUCUUCGAAGAACUUGCUGAGGAUAAGGAAAACUACAAGAAGUGCUACGAGCAGUUCUCCAAGAACUUGAAGCUUGGUAUCCACGAGGACAGCAACAACCGCAAGAAGCUUUCUGAGCUGCUGAGGUACAACACAUCUGCUUCUGGUGACGAUGUUUGCUCUCUGAAGGACUAUGUUAGCCGAAUGAAGGAGAACCAGAAGAACAUCUACUACAUCACUGGUGAGAGCCGCGAGCAGGUUGCCAACUCUGCCUUUGUUGAGCGUGUCAAGAAGCGUGGAUUUGAAGUUAUCUACAUGACUGAGCCUAUUGAUGAGUACGUCGUCCAGCAGCUGAAGGACUUCGAUGGCAAGACUCUGGUAUCUGUCACCAAGGAGGGUCUUGAGCUCCCUGAGGACGAAGAGGAGAAGAAGAAGCGUGAAGAAGAUAAGGCUAAAUUCGAGAACCUGUGCAAGGUGAUGAAAGACAUUCUGGACAAGAAGGUAGAAAAGGUUGUAGUGUCAAACAGAUUAGUCGAGUCCCCUUGCUGUAUUGUCACCUCACAGUACGGCUGGACUGCCAACAUGGAACGUAUCAUGAAGGCUCAGGCUCUCCGUGACACCUCAACUAUGGGAUACAUGGCUGCCAAGAAGCAUUUGGAAAUUAACCCAGACCAUGCCAUCGUUGAAACCCUUAGACAGAAGGCUGAAGCUGACAAGAAUGAUAAGGCUGUGAAAGACUUAGUUAUGCUGCUUUUCGAAACUGCUCUGCUGUCAUCUGGCUUUGCACUUGAAGAGCCCCAGGUUCAUGCCUCCCGUAUUCACCGUAUGAUCAAAUUGGGCUUGGGUAUUGAUGAAGAUGAUGUUCCUGAAACCAAGGAUGACGUGAAGGAUGUUGAAAUGCCUGACCUUCAAGCGGAUGCCGAAGAUGCUUCUCGCAUGGAGGAAGUAGAUUAAGUAACUAAUUUAAUUUAUGUUUUUCAAUUUUGCAUCUCUCAUAAUUCACCAAAGACAUGUUUCGUUUCUCACCAGUUUAGUCGGGCUUGCCAUAGUGUCCUUCCCUGACUGUUGUUCAUUCCUGCCAGUAUUUCUGGUCUGAUGUACCUGUUACCAGUGUUGUGCAACGCCAUCAUUUUUUUUUAAUGUAAUAAACUUAAUGUGCCCUUUA